AUGAAUCGGAGUUUCCGGGCACCGGAGAAGGUAAUGCCGGGAACAGCGGCUGUGAAGCAACGGCAACAGCAAAUGACAGGGAGUUUCAGGAAGUCUGUAAAAGAGAAAGAAGAGGAGCUAGGUUUGUUUUUGGAAAUGAGAAAACGAGAAAAAGAGCGAAAUAAUCUUCUUCAGAACUCAGAAGAGUUCGAUUCAUCACUUGGAUCAAUUGAAGGAUGUUCACCAAUGUUUGGUAUGCCUGCAGCCACACCAGCCAGAAAGACCGGUGCUGAUGAGUUUCUCAACUCUGAAAAUGAUAAAAAUGAUUAUGAUUGGCUUUUAACACCCCCUGGUACCCCUCUAUUUCCUUCACUGGAAUCGGAAUCACAGAAGCCAGUCAUGGGUCAAAUUGGAACUCCUAAAGCUCGACCCACUGCACUAAAAUCUCGUCUAUCAAAUACCCAUCCUCACCUUGAGACAAAUGGUAGGAAUAACAUGACACUAUCUAGACAACCUUUGUCAUCUCCUGGAUUAAACACUUCAAGUGGUGGACCCCGUAGACCCACCUCCUCUAGUGGGCCCGGUUCAAGACCCGCCACCCCAACCGGACGACCCGCUACCCCAACCGGAAGACCCACAUUGGGUGCACCAUCUAGACCCGGUUCAAAUUCAAAUUCGGUUCCCAAAACAACAUCUAGACCUACAAGAUCUUCCACCCCUACACCCAGGUCUUCCACCAUGGGUCCAACCAAACCCACCCUACCCGCCAGGUCAUCCACCCCUACCCCCAGGUCUACCCCAAGAUCUUCAACCCCCACAAGGGGACCCACACCAAGGGCACCCACCCCAACUCGUAGACCACCACCCACACUAACAAAAACCGUCACAAAACCAGUACCAAAUACUAGAACCGUGGCGGCACCACCGCAUCAACAACCACAACCACCACCACCGCGUGCAAGUUCUCCAACCGUAAAAAGACCAUGGAAGCCUCAGGAAAUGCCCGGAUACACCCUCGAUGCACCACCAAAUUUAAGGACCUCACUUUCCGACCGGCCGACCUCCGCCACCAGGGGGCGGCCGAUGGCGGUUAGCCGGUCAACAUCGGUGGAGCCGGUGGUCAACGGAAGGGUAAGAAGACAAUCUUGUUCGCCUUCAAGAGGCCGCCUCCCUACGGGUGUGAGCCAUAUGAGUGGAAGCUCUGUUCCUGUCCCUGCAUUGAAUCGUGCAUAUGCUAAAGCAAAUGACAAUCUUAGCCCUGGUUUGUAUGGAACAAAAAUGGUGGAAAGGGUAAUUAACAUGAGGAAAUUGGUCCCACCUAAGAAAGACGACAAACAUUCGCCACAUAGUAAUUUAUCUGCCAAGUCAUCGUCUCCUGACAGCUCGGGUUUCGGGAGAUCACUAUCAAAGAAAUCAUUGGAUAUGGCUAUUCGACAUAUGGAUAUAAGGCGGACAGUACCGGGAAAUUUGAGGCCGUUGAUGAGUAAUAUUCCGGCGUCGUCUAUGUACAGUGUGAGAGGAGGAGCGGGUCCCACGAGAAGUAGAACAAUGAGUGUUUGUGAUUCACCAAGUAGCAAUGGGAGCUCUGAAAUGAGUGUGAAUAAUAAUAAUAAUAAUAAUGGAGUGUGGUUGGAUGGGAAUAUUGAUGAUGAAAUCACUAGUCUUGUUCGUUCCCCUGCUAAUAUUCGUGGGAGAUGAGGGAUUAUGAAAAUGUUAUUAUUAAUCGUGAUGAAGGUGUUUAUCUGGAUUAAGGUGUUUGUAUGGUAUGGUUAAUUAUAUUAGAGAAUCUGUCUAAUUUGCUUACUUAACCCAUGAAGGAGAGAACUGGUGUCAUGUAAUUUAGUUAUUACUUGUUAGUUUUAUGGAAAGCUUUUUGUCAGGGGUGUAUUUGUGUUUUUGGCCUUAAAAAAGUUGGCUACAUAAUAAGCAACUUGUUGCUUGAUUUAAAUUAUGUUUUCAAUUAAAAUGUUUUUUUUGUCCUCUAAAUCAAAACAAAGGUGUGUGAUUUCCUCGUUUUGUCAAAU